AGCCGACUCAAAAUACAUCGGCGGUGAUAAAAAAUGGGCAGGACUCAUCUAAAAUUUGGAAUGAACGUACUGGCUCUCUGUUGUCGUUCGAUCAGGAAUCACAUGCCAGAACAAAUGCUGAAGAUAUGUCGUUACUCGACACAACUUUGAAAGAUUUGGAAGAGAAGUCGACGGAAGUAGUCGCAUUGCAACGUGAAAUUAAUGACAUUAAUGCUGCUUUGAAGGUAUUUUGAAGAAUGAGAAAUCCAGUACGGCAAUACUCCAAUUAGUGAAUAGACAAUUCCCAUUUUGACUAAUUUUAAAACUAGGCAAGGAGAUGCAAAUAAAUCACCACAGCUAGAAAGAGCAUACUAAAAUGAGUAAAAUUGCAAAGUUUGGUUGCGAAAUGUUGUAAAAUGCGGAAAAUAUAGCGUUGCAAAGUUCGCAAAUUUUGUAUACUUUUGUAUUGCGUGCGGAAAUUGCUACCACAUUUGGGGCGAAAAUAGUAUCAAUUUCCGCACGCAAUACAAAUUGUACAAAAUUUGCGAACUUUGCAAGGCUAUAUUUUCCGCAUUUUACAACAUUUCGCAACCAAAUUUUACUCAUUUUAGUAUGUUUUUUCUAGCUGUGGUGAUUUACUUGCAACUCCUUGCUAUAGUUUUAAAAUUAGUCUGUAAUCAUUUAUGGGAAUUGUCUAUUUGCUACAUACAUAUACAUAUAGAAACACACAAUUUUUAACAAACCUGCAGCAGACUUGUAGCAAUGCUGUUCCAACAACUUGUCAACAGGAUGUGUUCGCACUGCUUGUUCCCAGCUUGUUGACAACUUGCUACAAGGUUGUUGAGCACAACAGACUUGUUACAAUACAAGUUGUUCCAACAACUUGUUAUCGUCCUGCAAUUCAGAAAUUUGUCAACAAGUUGUGAGUGACAAGCUUGUAGCAAAUUGAUAAAAUAACAGCAUUGUGACAACUUGCUGACAAGCUUGCUACAAGCCUGUUGCGAACACGUCUUGUUGACAAGUUGUGGAAUCCUAAAAUUGUCUUUUUAGUUUAAGUGUUCUUCGUAACAGCUAGUUUAUAAACAUGGAAAUAUUGUCUGGAUCAAUCAACCAAAAUAGUAAUCUAAACUUUAACCCUGGAGGAUUAACGCUAAGUAAACCAGCUUUGAAACAAGUGGCGCCUUGGAAAUUAAGCCUCGUUGAACACGGCUCUUCUUAGAAAAUUGAUUUUGUUUUUUCGUAGGAGGAGAAAUGGUACAGCAGCGCGCUGAAGGAAGAAGUAGACAAACUCGAAGCUGAGAAACAGGAAAGACUCGAAGCUUUUCAAAACUUGGAACAGGUUUGUUUUAAUCAUUGUAAUUCUAGGAAGCUGCGUUUCAAAAAUAGGCAUUUGAUUUGUGCUUAAAAUUUUCAGACGAAAGCAAUUACGCGGCAGUUACGUAGGUCCUGUUCAAAUGCCAGAACUCCCUUUUCAAAUGCCAAAAUGGCAGAACUCCGUUUUCAAAUAGCAAAACUCCGUUUUCAAAUGCCAAAACUCCUUUUUCAAAUGCCAGAACUCCGUUUUCAAAUGGCAGAACUCCGUUUUCAAAAGCCAGAACUGUCUUUUCAAAAGCCAAAACUCUGUUUUCAAAUGCCAAAACUCUGUUUUCAAAUGCCAAAACUCUGUUUUCAAAUGCCAGAACUCCCUUUUCAAAUGCCAAACUCCGUUUUCAAAUGCCAGAAAUCCCUUUUCCAAAACCAAAACUCCCUUUUCAAAUGCCAAAACUUCCUUUUCAAAUGCCAGAACUCCCUUUUCAAAUGCCAAUACUCCCUUUUCAAAAGCCAGAACUUCCUUUUCAAAAGCCAGAACUCCCUUUUCAAAAGCCAGAACUCCCUUUUCAAAAGCCAGAACUCCCUUUUCAAAAGCCAGAACUCCCUUUUCAAAUGCCAAAACUCCCUUUUCAAAUGCCAAAACUCUGUUUUCAAAUGCCAAAACUCUGUUUUCAAAUGCCAAAACUCCGUUUUCAAAUGCCAAAACUCUGUUUUCAAAUGCCAUUACUACAUAUAAUAACCAAUUACGCAUUCUGAUUGCCUUAGAGCGAAAUCGUUAACGAAUGCGCUGAUUGGUCGAGAACGAAAUCCACACUUGUUUCGGAAGAGUCAAAUUGCAAGCUCGUUUUAUUGUUGACGUUUCUUUCUUUAUUCUCUAAAGGAAAAGCACAAAUGUACGAAGGAAUUUGAAGAAAAACUAAAGUUGUCUGAACAGGAGAAAACGACGGGUAUAAUCAAUUGUUCAUUCAUGUCGGUUAUGAUAUAAUAUACAGCCAAUUCAAAAAAGGUUGUCCUUUGCGAACGUUUAAACUCCUUAAACCUUAAACACUAAGCGCGCAAAGUUUAAUGGGAACACAAGUUUCAAGCUCAGUAGUUGAAUAUUGCAGCUAUUUGUGAAUUAUUAAUGAGUUUUAUAAGGUUUGCAAAGGACAAUCUUUUCUGAAUUAGCUAUGUACUCCUCUCUUUUAUAACAUAACAACAUUACAACCUUUCUUGCAGAAGUCAACGAAUUGAAACAAAACUUAGUGCACGCUUUGGAGGCAAAGUCAGGUAGCCAAGAGGAACAGCUCUCAUUGGUUCAGAAAUCUUCGGAAAUGAACUCGGAACUCGUCGCCUUACAGUCGAAACUCAAAGACGAAGAACAGACACGCAUUUCACUUGAGAAAUCGUGUGAAGGAAUGAAGGUAUUGAUGAAUAAAGGAAUAUAAAAUGGAUUUCUGUGAAGGAUAGCGUCAUCCUUGCACGAGGGAUGUUGCAUACGAGACUUUCGGAAAGCGUAAAAUACUCGAGCCGAUUGCGAUUGUUUUUCUUAAGCCCAUUUUCCGCUAGGCGAAGUUGUUCGCGCCAAGCGAAGCGAAAAACAAAUCUUGGCAAUGUGAUUGGUCAGCAAAAUAAUUCGCCGCGAAACGUUAAGUACUAGAGAGUUUGGCAACCUAGAACGGCAACGACAACGGCAACGGGGAAAAUAUAAUUGCUUAUAUUGUUGUAUUUGAGCCAAAGUAUACGUUACUACACUUAAUUUGCUUCCUGUUUCUUUCAAACGUAAAAAUAGUCCGCGAAUUCAAAUAAAACACCUCAAAUAACAUCGAACGAAUUAACUGUUGCCGUAGUCAUGCACCGUGAAAAUGAUGCAAAUCACGUACUAGUUUCAACAACUACAGCAUUGCACAACGCUUAAGAUCAUGUGAUUUACAUUCGCCUUUGUCUUCGAGGAUUACUGUCGUUCCAAUUGAAGUGUUCCUCAAAUAUUGAUUCAAUACAUUACCUCAGGCUGACCAAUUCAUUUGAUCAAGUUCCUCGAGAUAUUCAUACACUUCCUGUGAAAGAGGCAAUUCCAAGUAUUUGAUCAUUUCUGCAUGGUCACUUCCUCUCUAUUUAUGAUUGGUUAGUUGCACAAACAACAAAGGUGAUUGGUGCAUUCAAACUAUUCAACAGGAAGUUUACAAUUAUACUAGGAAGUGUAUGAAUAUUUCGAGGAACUUGAUGAAAUGAAUUGGUCAGCCUGAGGUAAUGUAUUGAAUCAAUAUUUGAGCAACACUUCAAUUGGAACGACAGUAAUGCUAUUGUCGAUGACCAUAUUGCCGUUGCCUUUGUAUUUGCCAAACUCUCUACUAUUUAAAAGAUGAGCAAGAGUGCUUUAUCAGAUAUAAAAUUCGAGGCGAUAGCCGAGAGUUGUAUAUCGAUGAUAAAGCACGGACUGUGAUGUUUAAAUGGUUUAAAAACGACCUAUCUAUCUUUUGAGUUUUUUGGCGAAAUAAUUUUAAAAUAAACGUUGUCUAAGCCUAGAAAAUCAAAGAUAAAGUUUACACCAACAUGGUAGCGAUUUCCUUUGUUUUUUCGUUAUGAAUAAUUAAUGAGUUUGUAACUUUAUUUAAACGGUUAACUUUAUUAACUUUAUCAUAACUUUAUUUGUUAACUUGUCUCUCAAAAAUCUCACAUCUUGUAGCAAGUCUGGUAACAAGCCGUCAACAAGUUGUGUUCGCACUGCUUGUCCCAAGUUGUCAACAAGUUGUUAACAGCUUUCACAACACUUGUUGCAAGGUUGUUCCAACAAGUCCGAUACAGUUAUGAUAUAACAAUAUUGUUACAACCUCGUGUCGUCAACCUUGUAACAUUCUUGUUAUAUCAUGACUGUAUCAGAUUUGUUAGAACAACCUUGUAACAAGUCUGAUAAUCCCAUCAAGCUUGUUACAAGUUGUUAACAGAUUGUUCCAAACUUGUUACAACAACUGGGAACAAGCAGUGCGAACACAACUUGUCGACAGCUUGUGAACAGAUUUGUAACAACUUGUUUGCAGACCUGUAACAACUUGUGCGUUUUUACGUGUGUGUACAGUAUACUGUUAACAUCACUCGUUAAAAUGUUUUCAUUGUCAUGGUCAUUUUUUGUGCAGGAAGAAUUGGAGGAUAAAUCGAAAACAAUCGGUGAUUUAGAGACACAGCUGGGAGAAAGGUAUGUGGCACACGCGUCUAUUAUUUCAGGAAGGUUUAAUAUAGGAAUCAAAAUACAUCAACGUAUGUCUUGACAAAUUAUGUGGCAGCGCAAAUGAAUAAGGGAUUUGUUGUUGUAGAUUUUGAGUUUGAAUUUUAUACAUAAAAUUCAUCAUUGAGGCCACAUAAACAAACCCCUUCUAAUCCAAAUCCAAAUGAAGGAGAGUUCCCCAAAUCCAAAUGAAUUAGGGCGAACAAGUCUGUUUUUGAACGGCCAAAAUGACCCACUCUGAAUGGCAUAAUGGGUGAUUCAGCUAUAGACUAAAUUUUGAUCAAGGCAAGAAGAAUGAAAUCCAACACCAUAGCUAGAAAGAGCGUCUUAGAAUGAGUAAAACUGCAAAGAUUGCUUGCUAAAUGUUGUAAAAUGAAGAAAAUAUAGCCCUGUGAAGUUCGCAAAUUUUGUAUAUAUUUGUAUUACGCGCGUGAAAAAUAACCACUUUCGACUCAAAAAUGGUUAUUUUUCCCGCGCGUAAUGCAAAUAUAUACAAAAUUUGCGAACUUCACAGGACUAUACUUCCUUCAUUUUACAACAAUUCGUAACUUUGCAAUUUUGCUCAUUUUAAGAUGCUCGUUCCAUUCAUUUGGGAUUUUUGUGAACCAUAUCACUUUUGCUUACAUGACAAUUUCCCUUCCCUAGGCCGACCGCUGAGCAUGUAUCGUCGUUGCAGACGCACAUCAACUCCCUGGAGGAACAGCUGAAAAACACGAAACUGGAGAAAGAGAGCGAGAGACUGGAACUGAGUGAAAAAUAUGAGAAUACUGUUGAAACUACUAAAAGGUCGAAUACUUCUAUUCAUGCCAUAGCAUAGUGCGUCACACGUGAUGGUUAUGUGACGUCACAGUCCCGUGACAUCACAACAACGUGACGUCAUAGCCAUAUUAUGCAAUGACCAUGUAGCCUUACUCGCGUAAAAACGCGUAAGUUGUAACAAACCUGCAACAGACUUGUAGCAAUGCUGUUCCAACAACUUGUCAACAGGAUGUGUUCGCACUGCUUGUUCCCAGCUUGUUGACAAGUUGUCAACGGCUUGUUGACAACUUGCUACAAGGUUGUUGAGCUCAACAGACUUGUUACAAGUUGUUCCAACAACAAUCGUCCUGCAAUUCAACAAUUUCUCAACAAGUUGUGAGUGACAAGCUUGUAGCAACUUGAUAAAAUAACAGCAUUGUUACAACUUGUUGACAAGCUUGCUACAAGCCUGUUGCGAACACAUCUUGUUGACAAGUUGUGGGAUUUACACAUGUGCAGACGAGGUUUUAAAACUAUUCUGGUAAAUGACUGCUCAUCGCGUACAUAACCAAAGUCUUAUGUUUAGGUUGGAAGCGAAAGUCAACGAGCUUGUUAUAGAAAAAUCAUCAAAAGUUGAACAAUUGCAAAGGUAUAUAAUAUAUAUGAUUAUUAAUGUUGAACAACUUUACUAAUCUUUAUUUCCUCAUGAAGGAUUAAAAGUGCGAAUAAAAUGAUAUUUUCAGUUUGCAGACCGCACUUGAGGCCGCUUCAGGUUAUCGCAAACAAGUAGAAGAAAAUCAGGGAGAAAAACAGCAGCUAGUUCUGUCCAUGCAACACGAGUUAGACCAAGUAUGUUCUCUCAUGUUUAUUUAUUGACUGGUGGCACACUCACGACAAAGAUAUAGAAAAAAAAGAAUAAAAUUUAUUACCUGACGUUUCCCACAUCUUCGGAGCAUUUAAAUCUACUGUAUUUACAAGAGUAUCACUGUCUUGCACUUGGCUACUUCAAGUAAGAUGCCAUUGGUUGCAUUAGUACUUCGUGUUUCUCGAGUAGGAAUCUUGAAAGAAAUGUUACUGUCAGAGUUGGAAAUGAUGCACUUGUAGAGAUACACUAGACUAAAGUUUGAUUACACCCUGUAUAUUUCUGCAUAUUGUAUAUAAUGUAUUUCUUCAGACGAAAGUUGCUGUUAAGGAAAAAGAACAGUUUGUGGAGUUUUUACAGAAACAACUCGAAGAAACGAAAGAAAAUUAUCAAAUUGAAGUGAGUCGCAAAAAUUGACUUAAUUUAUGGACGUAUCAGGAUGACGAUAUACGGUGCUGUUUCGUUUGUGAUAACUUUUAUAACCGAUCAUCUUCUACGAAAUUUGCCGUCUUUGAACAAGUGAAUGUAUCCCAGAAUCCUCUGCUGUGGUAAAUGUUAUAUUUUUGAGUUUGGGAUAUGUUUGUUUAGCUCAACGCAAAAGACGAAGCCAAGCAGGAAGUAAGACGUCUUCAAAAUCUGUCUGAAGAACAAGAAAGGCAAAGUAUUACCAGGUACAACAUGUGACAUCAACCCAUUGAGCGCCAGCGCAUUCCCCUUGACGAGUAAAAUCGUUUGGCGUUAGACAGAGUAAAAUAAUGAAGGCAGUAAUAUCGUUAGUUCAUCUUUUCUUAAUUUAUACUUGUCUUAACUUUUCAAGAGAAAGCAAACUUGUUGAGUUAGAAAAAUCUCUGGAUCAAAGUAAGGCGGAUAUUUCACGAAUGGAGGAAGAACGGAACGACUUAAUUCAAAAGGUAGACUUUACUAUACUCUUGUAGAUAUUUUGUCACCUAGAUCGAAAUUAAUUUCCAUCUACAAAAAACCCCAUCAACAAACGUUCAGUUCUAUCAAGCGAGAUGCUCAAAAUUUUAAAUAUUUACCCAUAUAUAGUUUAUAAGAUCGUAAACAACAUAAACUGCCCGAAGCAGUUGAUAGGCUAUCUAGUAAGACGAUCACAAAUGCACUGUCGAUCUCUUAGAGAUCCAACAUUGCUAGAUUUACCGCCAGUAAGAACUAGAUGUGGCGAGACCUCAUUCAGAUUCUCGGCUGCCAAAGAUUGGAAUUCUUUACCGACAGAAAUACGAGAAUUAAAAACACUUGUGCGGUUCAAGAAUGAAGUGUUUAAACACUUGAUAAACAUGGAUGCUGUUACGCACAAUUGUAGUUUGUAAUUUUAGACAUCUUAAGGCCUGUUGACACUUGCAAUUUUUGCUGCGAUUUUGGGUGCGGUCUUUUUCUCUUGGUGGGUGUGAGGGGGUGGAUGAGUUGUGAAUGUUUAGAUGAAGGUACAUGUACUCAGAACAUUCAUUGCUCAUCUGCUCGUUCGCAUGCAUCGGGGGAGGAGUGUCGCGCCUGGAAUCGCAGUGGAGGUUGCAGGUGUAAACAGUGUUUACAUUAUAUAGCCUUAUUUAUGCACUGUUACGCACUUAUGUUAUUGUAUAUAUACUUGUUAUACACUGAUCACCGAUUGAUACCAGCCAAUCUAUGUAAUUGACUGAACGGUCUUUUUUAUCAGUAUAAAUAAAGAUUUUAUUAUUAUUAUUAUUAUUAUAUCACCAUUGGAAUGGAAUGGAAAAACUUUAUUUAAACAGGGUGGCCCUUUCAGCGUACUUGCCCAGUAUAUACCGAAGUACGGUCUUUGAUAAUUCAUAUUUUAUUGGAUUGGUACUUGUAGAUCGAGGCUGGCGAAGGAAUCAGUACAGCAAUCAAUCAGUUAAAUCAAGAAAAGGUAUUUUUCUAAAUUACUACUGUAUUUUUUGCACAGUAAAACUGUGCCAAACUAGUUUUCCGAAAAUUAGUUAAGUUUAGGUUUCGUCCUGUAGUACCACUGAAUCAAUAAGAGAUGAUCCUUACUGGACCUCUAGGAAGAACAGUUUAGAACUGAUAGAGCUAUCCAGUAUAAAUAAAGUUAGUUUAGUUUAGGUUUCCUCCUGUAGUAACACGGAAUCAAUAAGAGAUGACUCUUACUGGACCUCUAGGGAGAACAGUUUAGAACUGAUAGAGCUACCAGUAUAAAUAAAGUUAGUUUCGUUUAGGUUUCCUCCUGUAGUAACACUGGAUCAAUAAGACAUGAUCCUUACUGGACCUCUAGAAAGAACAGUUUAGAACAGAUAGAGCUAUCCAGUAUAAAUAAAGUUAGUUUAGUUUAGGUUUCCUCCUGUAGUAACACUGGAUCAAUAAGAGAUGACUCUUACUGGACCUCUAGGGAGAACAGUUUAGAACUGAUAGAGCUAUCCAGUAUAAAUAAAGUUAGUUUAGUUUAGGUUUCCUCCUGUAGUAACACUGGAUCAAUAAGAGAUGAUCCUAACUGGACCUCUAGGGAGAACAGUUUAGAACUGAUACAGCUAUCCAGUAUAAACUACAAUGUUUAGGAUCAAUUAGAAGAAAGAUUGAACGAUUGUGAAAAGCAGAUGGAAUGUCAAGCUAAAGAGAAUGCGGCGAAAAUCGAAGAAUUACAUAAACGAAAUAACGAGGUAUUUGAUCAGUUUCCAUACUGGUGAUGAUGAUGAUGAUUGUGAUGAUGGCGAUCAUGAUGGUGAUGAUGAUGAUGAUGAUUGUGAUGAUGAUGGUGAUGGUGGUGAUCAUGGUGAUCAUGAUGAUGGUGAUCACAAUCUUCGAUAUCUUUUAGAUAACUGAGGAGUUGGAACAGUCAAGACUGGAUGAAAACAAACUUUCUGUGUCUUUGAAAGAAAAAUCGGACGAGCUUCAAAAUAUUUCGGGAAAUUUGGAGGAAACAAAAUCAGAACUUCAGAAAAAGGUAUUGUCGAAAUAAUGCUUGUAGUUCAACGAAAACAUUAUUAGCGUCUGAUAACAUAACCUCCACGACAUAGAAUGAAAAGAAUUACCAUUAUUCAUGUCCACUGGCGACUCUUUGUCGCCGAAAAGCCAAGCUUGAAAUGCUUCAUCAAAUGAAAUGUUAAUUUUUCCGAAGAGUGAAGUUCUGGUGGCAGUGGAAGCCUCCAAAGUGGCUGAGAAGAAUGUUUUGGAAGAACAGAUAAUAUCCGUGCAAGAAGCAUUACAGCAGAAGAUUGCUGAACAUUCUGCAUUGCAACAGGAACAUACUUUGGUUAGUUUAUUCACAUCUAUUGUUUUACUACAACCUGCUAAGGGAGCGGUCAUUAUUUAUGGGGGGAGGGGGGGGGGUGGUGGUGGUGGGGUGACACAAAUGGGAAAAGGUUGGGUAAGUCAUUAUUUAUGGGGGGUGGCCCCGAAGAGAAAAGGGUUGGGUAAACAAAAUUUUGAGUUGGUAAAAGGUUGGGUAAAUGAAAAACAAAACAACUCAAGGGUUGGGUAAGAAAAAUUUAUUGUCAUUUCCAAAGCAUGACUCACUCAAAUAUUGAAGAUUAAAAAGCACUUUCAACAGUCAUAUGUCAAUAAAAUAUGUAAAUCAAUCAAUCAGAGUCACUAUCUUGAUCAUUUUCCAAUUUGUCAGGAGGCAAAUGGUGUCUCCAAAGAAAGUGGUUCGAUCAGUAAAAUCUUUAUCAAUAAAACACAAUUCUGUUCGGUGUCACCCGCCACCAUAAAUAAUGAACGGUCUUUAACCAGGAUUUUCAAGCCUACUUAAUCUGGAUUGGCUUAUUUUCAAGGCUGAUUUUAUUAUUUAGACGAAACAGCAACUUGACUCAUACAAGGAAGACGCACUAAGUUUGCAAUCUCAGCUUCUAUCAUUCAAAAAUGAACUUGACAACAAAACAAAACAAUGUUCUGAGCUUGAAAGUGAAUUACUCAACAAG